UCUCAUUUACUUACAUGUAGGAAUGGAACAUCCGUGAUGACGUGCUCACAGGAUCAGGUGGAACUUCUUCCAAAUGAGGUAAUUGUUAUAAUUCAUCAUUGUUACUAUUAUUCUGAUUUUAUUGUAAUAGAGUUGUAAAAUAACAUUUUCAUGAGACCUUAGUUUUAGGGGAAACUGAAUAUAAUUCUGUGAAAGGCCAUUAACUCUAAUAGUUGUUGGCAGAAAACCAAGAGUCAGCUAUAUAUGUUCAAAGCUAUAAUACAGUUAAAGUAGCUGACACAGGGUUGAUCAAUUCUUAAUUUUGUUGAUAUCAUGUUUUUAGGUUUUUCCUGAUAAUUUCAUGCGUCGUGAAGUACAAGCGUUUGUUGUCAACUGCACAUUCAUGGAUGAUGGAUGCCAGUGGAAAGGGGAAGUCAGGCAUUUGGAGGUAUCAAGAAAGGCUGUGCUCUAAGGAAAAUUGAAGGGAGCCCAGUGCUCUAAAUCUUUAAAAUUUGGGGUGCCCAGCACAAGAGAUUUUCUAGUCGCCCAAGAGGAAAAGUAAGGUGCCAGGGGCCACCAGGCUCUGCUAGAGCACAGUCCUGGGUAUUUGUUGGUUUUACAUAUACAGGAUUUUAGUUGCUGUUAUAUGACAUCAACCAGUUUUUGCCAAGACUUCAUGUACACAUGUUAAUACAAAAUUAACUAGAAAUACAUGUUUUGUAAAACCUUGCAAAGUUAGGCAGAGGAUAGCCCAUAACAUUUUAGCAAUGGGAGGGCAGGAGGAUUAUUAAGAUCAAAAUUUAGUCAAAACUGCCAAUUAGGAGACUUUAGCUGGACUGUGAGUAUGCGAUUAUACACCUUAAAGCGUUAAAAUUACUUUUUACAGAAAACUAAUGGAUCAGUUUCUGUGCAAGACGUGUUGUGUUGGUCUACUCGUAGUGAAAGCAAGGUUUUGUUCUGAUAUCAACUGAUGAGUUGAUCUCUAAAGUGUCCAUGUCACUCCCAUUUUAAAUGAUGGAGUUAUGUUUGUUGGCUCUCAUACAUUUACCUUUUGAGUCUGAGGGUGAAAGUAAUCUCAAGUCAAAUUGCUGUUUUGUGUACUAGUGCUAAACAUUUAAAGGCCUUUUUUGUAUUAUUUCUUUUAAAAUUCUCUUUGUUUUUUUACAGAGUCAUACUAGUAGCUGUGAGUUUGUCAAACUUCCCUGUGUACAUCCUGAGUGUGGCAUGUUGGUGAAAAAAGCUGAUCUUUCUCAGCACCUGGAAACAGAGUGCAAGUGUAAACCGGAAACCUGUGAUUUCUGCAAAAAGCAAAUCAGCCUGAACAAAAUGAAGGUAUUUAUGCAUAGCACAAUAAGUACACACAACUACAGCUGUACAGUUUGUAUUCUUAAAGUUUUUAGCUGUAACACAGUUGUAAACAUCUAGAUGAAUAUUAAUUUUUGCGUAGAAAUUUCCAUUACCCAGGCCCAGUUUUACCCCUGCGGUGUUUAUUCAAGGACGGCGUUUAUUUCGAAAUUGCAUUUUUUAAAUCACUGACAACAGUUACUGUAAAUCAUCUGGAAAUGUUUAAACGUAAUUUAAAGUUCUAACGUUGUGCUUAUUUUGCUGAGAUAGAAUUGUACUACCAAGAUUUAAAGUUUUUUUAUUAUUAUAAUCCUGGAAUAAACGCUUCCAUCCGUGUGGCGUUUAAUAGAGGACGGCCUUGAAUCGAGGAAAUACGGUACUUUGAAAGAUGCUAUUUAGCAUCAGAAAAAGAAGGCCGUGAGUUACUCAACUUAUAAACAGCUUUUUUGGCGUUUUUGUUUUUUUUUAGCCGGAAUACAGGUCGACCGAUCAAAAACUGAGCAUUUUUCGGCAAAAAUUUUCAGCAGCAGAUGGGUUAAUUCUAACAUUAUGAUUAAAAAGAAAUGAAAUGUACAGCCUGAUAGCAAUGUGGAAUGUCAACUUGACUUAAAAAAAAAAAAAGGAUAUGUGGGUUGGUUGUUUUCAUUGCCAGGCCUUCAUUUGUGCUGGUUAAAUCUCUACCCAGUAAGUCGGUGUAAGUGUAGAGUACUGUUAGGUAAACAAUGCGUUAUCAAAUGGGUAGAGAUUUAUUCAGGAAUCACUCUAUAAAACCAACUUUUGAACAUUGUGACGGUCUUGUCUGGAAAGCAAAGUGUUUUGAAAAUCAAUUCUAACUGGAAAUAAUUUAUGGUAAAAUACAAGUUAAGCUGUUAUUGCAUAACGCAACGAUUUAUAGGGUUCAUAAUUAAAAUAAGUAAAAAUAAAAAGAAAACAAAUUCGCCUUAAGUUAGCUUAUUGUGGAGAAACGAAAUCAAAUUAUCAUUAGUGCAGUGUACUUGUGCUUAUAUUAAAGUUUUCAUGUCGUUUUGAAGCAAUCUGGGCUUGUUCCAGUUGAAAACCUGCUUUAUCUUUUAAUGAAUCUGUUAAGACAGAAUGGUAAAACUAAGAACGCAAAAUUUGGCACAAGUAAGUUCAUUUUAAUUCCUUUUUUCACAACAAAGGUAAGGAUUGUUUGCCAUGUGAACUCUACAAAUCGUUGCGUUCCUGAGAGUUGAAUGUAUUGCCAAGUGUUCUCUUAGUGAGUUUGGGAUGCCGGUGUCUCGUCAUUCUAUUUGUAUCGCUCACUCGGCUUAAAGAAGAUAAAGCCAAUUUUUUAUAAAUCUCAAAAUGAGAGUGCGAGAUAUUAAAAUUUCCAAAAAAGCAACCAACCUAACCAACCAAACAAAUAAAACCAAAACAAAGCAAAGACAAACAUUCGUGCUUGUAUUUAUAAGUAGUUAAUUAAUAUACAUGUAUAUGCUACAGGUGCACCAUGAGAAGGAGUGUCCAGCAUACCCAGUUGUAUGUGAUAAAUGUAACAAAGAUGGAAUUCCACGUGCAAAGGUACAGUUGGGGUACAUGUUUUUUUUUUUUCAACUGGUUCAACUGAACUCUGACGUAAUUUUUAUGAUCAGAAGCUAGGGGGAGUCUGUUACUUAAUUUAUUUUCUGUCUUGACUCUGAACGCCUUAUUAGUGUGGUAUGGUAAACGUAGGUAUAAAUACUACUUAAUCUAUUAUACUGCACUUGUACAAAGUUCUUAUCUGCAAACUUGUUUCCACCAGGACUGGUUGAGUGUCGUGCCAAAAGGUAGGUGAAGUUGAAGAGAAUACGUAGAAAUUUGCGCAAACUGCAAAUCUGAAAAGCCCAUUGCCACCCACCCAAGAGAGGAUUAUGUUGAUAGUCUGUCGUUAAUUUAAUGGAACUGUGUACGACGAAGACAACACUAGUUAUAGCUAUUUAAAUAGGAUAUUUUGAAGGACUUACGGUGCACUCAUGACUCUUGUUUCUUUGUUUUCUCAUUGACUCCUCUCUAUUAAUGUUUCAGCUGCUAGACCAUCAGGAUCAAGUUGUAGGAGACUGUGAUGCAGUUCAGGGGCCAUGUCCAUUCGCACAAAUUGGCUGCUCAAGAACCCAGGUACAAUUAUAAGUUUUCCUCUCUUUCAGUGUUUUCAGGAUCUGUAAGCUUUACUCUUGAAGAGUACCAAAGCACCGAAAUUGUGGACUGUUUACAUCCCUCGCUGUUCUCGAAUGUUUAUCCAUUGAGCGCGCGGAAUAAAAUAAACACGUGGCUGAAUCGGAAGCAAAAGCAAUACAAUACUAAAAAGUAUUCACUUGGAUUCUUAAACCAAACUAGUACAUCGCCUUCAUCCUAACAACUAGAAGUUAGCAGAGCGGUGCCCCCACUCUUACCUCCGGCUUCCUGCAAUGUCGCGUUUCGCGCUUGAAUCACUUGCUGGUUGUCACGUACUUCCCGUUUCCUUUGAGAAAAUAGAAAGCGAGGGGAAAAAAGGGUGGAGAGGAUAAGGGACGAUGAGGUGAUCCAUCAUUCAACUCAUUUCUACCCUGCAAUCAGUGGAUAGCUUUCCUGGAUUAUUGUAAGGUUAGAGCUUUAUAGUGCAGAAUUCCCAAGAAAUGGUAACCUAAAGUUGUGAGAAAUUUUGAUAAUCAUGUGACCGUCCGACGUCCGUCCACCCCCUAAAUGUAUGUCGGGGUGAAAUUUCGCAUUCAAGCACCAGCGAGCUUUGGCGGUAAAUCGCAUGGCCACCCGUACAUUUAGAGAGAAAAAAGCAACAAAGCCGAGUCUUUUUUUCGACUAAAUAAUAAUUAUGUCCUUACUGUUGUGGAUAACAGAGAAAGAACUAGAGCGAGAGAUAAAAAAAAAGAAAAGGCAUCGAAUUUCUUUACUAGAAUAACAUGGCGGUUAGAAAAUGAGAAAUGCUGGCUACCGGCAGGGUGAAAAUGGGCGGAAGUGAAGAAAAAAGCGAACAAGAACACAGGCAACAAAAUUUUUUUGUAAGCACACACGACAUUGAACUCCAUAAAACGUGUUACUGGGAAGUUUCACGUUGUUGUCGUGCAAAGCAACGGCAAAGAAAUGUACAAAAAAAUGGGGUGCACGUGCUAAUUAGACCUAUGGAUUUUCUUUUUGCCGUUCUCGUUGCCUUCGCCCUUUUAGCAUUAAACGAUUUUAUCUUUUGUUUUGAGCUAACUGUAAGCGUAUUAACAAGAGCUUCGCCUUUAGUCCUGGUUAAUUCUAUAUAUUAUCACCAGGAUACGAACCCAUUACGUCCAAGAAACUGGUUGAUAGGGUUUUAGGCACAUUAGCAUUUGAUUUUCCUUUAGGUUUUUCGACAAAAAUUGAUUUUAUCCAUCUUUGUUUUAGAACUGGUGAGUUAACGUAAGGCGCUUAAUAUUUGCAAAGUUUUCUUAGUGGGGGGCAUUCCAUCAGAAGUUCUCAGAGGUGGCACCCUUGGCCACGAUACGUUCACUUUGUAAUAUCCUGACUAAAACUCUGCCGGUCGGAAAUGCCAUCUGCUGUAUACGGCAAGACUACUCAUGGUAGGCAAGGUCAUUGUACGUUGGGUUUAUCGUUACGCGACAAACACCUUGUAUACAUGAAAUAAGAGGAAUAUGGUAGAAUUUUUCACAUUAACUAUCAGGUUUUAAAAUAAACCAUUUUUCUUAAUUUAUCUACAGGUCAUUGUAUAAAAAACAUGUUUUCUAUAUCUCGUUCUUCAAAUUCGUUACAAGGUUGUCCGACCUUGUUGUGUAUUGUACAAUUACCCUAAACAAGUGUUACAUGUCUAGUGUCCCCAAUUAGAUUUGCAUGUCUGUUUAGAGCAAAAUUCUUGUUCCUUGUAUAACAGAUUCUCAGCCAUAUGCAAAAGAAAGAACAUCUGCAGAAUGAGAAUGUUUAUCACACCACUUUGCUACUUCAUCAUGGUCUUAGGAUGGGUCGAGAAAUGGAAGCGGUGUUAACUCGUGAUCCAAGAAUCCUGUCGAGAAGCCCACAUAUCUUCACAAACUAUGACGGUAUCAUUUCUGACAUACUCGCUCAAAUUCAAUCCAGUACAGCAGAAAACGGGGAUUUAAGAGAAAGAAUACGAGAACAUAGCGAACGAAUCACCUCCCUGGAAAGAAAAGUGGCCACAGGGAAUCUCACGGCAGCGGCCCCAUCUGCUCAAGUGACUGGUGAUUCAGCUGGCAGUGUACCGAACAUCGAGAUUACCCGAAGGGUAAACAAUCUUGAGAACAAGACCGCGGACCACGAGGUGCUGUUGGUUGAAAGUAAUCGUUCAAUCGAGCAGGCAAAUCGGGAUGUGGGUAAUGUAAGGCGACUUGUUGAGACUGUCCAGGAGACCGUCAGAAGGGUGGAAAGGAGGAUUGAGUCUAUUGAGCAUACACUGGCUCUUAGAAACGUCACCUUGGCUGAUUUGGAGGAAUACAUCAGGCAACAGGAAUUUUCAAGCUACGAUGGCCAGUUGCUGUGGAAAAUAACUGAGUUUGCACGCAGGAGAAACGAGGCAGUCAGCGGUCAACAAAUAUCAUUCUACAGCCCUUGCUUCUACACCAGUCGCUAUGGAUACAAGAUGUGCGCCCGCAUAUAUUUAAACGGUGAUGGCAUGGGCCGAGGAACACACAUCUCUGUGUUUUUCGUGAUAAUGCGCGGUCAGUAUGAUGCGUUGCUCCGCUGGCCAUUCAGACAGAAGGUCACAUUCAUGUUGUUGGAUCAAGAUAAUGUUGAACACGUGAUCGAUGCCUUCAGACCUGAUCCUAACAGCUCAUCUUUUCAUCGACCAAGGAGAGAGACAAACAUCGCAAGUGGUUGUCCUAUGUUCUGCUCGCUCACAGAACUGAACAACCACGCUUAUAUUCGGGACGACACCCUGUUUCUAAAAAUUUUUGUAGAUACAUCAGAUUUGUAG